CUUCAAUGACAGAUGAUAAGAAUCGAUUUGAGGUUAUGUUCGAUAUAAAUAAAUUCAAACCAAAUAAAUUACGAUUCUGAAACGAUCAAAACAAUAUAAAAUGCUGGGGCGACAGCCUUUAAUAACACACAUUGUGAAGCGGUUUAAAAAGACCAAAGCCGGCCUAUUUUUGAAACCGCGUGAUAAGAGAAAGGAGAAGCCAACCGACCGUGCUUUGAAGCAUUUUGAUGAUUUUUAUCAAUCAGUUUAUGGACCACGAUGGGGUAGCAUUCGAGCAUCUUUGCUUUGUGAAAAUAAAUUCGUUGCACUCGUUAACAAUUACGGUGAUCCUGAAGUAACGAGAGAACAAAUGGAACUCAAUGGUGCUGUUAAUUUGAGGAAAGUUUUCGAUUUGUACUAUAACCCAAAUGCCAUUGCUGAUGCUCCAGAACAAGCAAAACUGUCGUCAAACAUUGAUAAAGUAUUGGAUAAAUUUGUGCAAGAAAAGCAAAAGACAGAGUUUCGAUCGAUUUACCAAGAUCAUGUUGACGAAGAAGAGGAAAAACUUGCAUUAGAGAGAAUAGAGGAUCCAUCGCGUGUUCUUGAUGUGAAACAUGUUGUUGACUAUAAAAAAUCACUGAAACAAUCGCUGGAUGAAGAUUCCGAGUAUGAUUUCAAUCGUAUGAUUUCGGCGGAGGUCGGUGUGAUGGGAUUACAUGAAUUCAUACCAGCCACAAAAUUGAAAGGCAUGGAAGAUUUUAUUCCGGAAUCUGAUCACUAUCAAUAUUAUAAUACGGCCGUUGAUUUUCCACUGAAAAUUGAGCUUGAAUCGGAUUUCGCAUUUCCGAAAACAUUGGACCUGUAUAUGUAUCCAAAGGGCGAUAUUUCACGGUUUUCAAGACCAAAAAAUGCAUCCACAAAAGUUCUUUCACAUUUUUUACUUGACGCAGGCUCGAUUUUACCACCUCUUAUGUUAAAUGUUCAACCAGAUGACGUUGUGCUCGAUGCAUGCGCAGCUCCUGGUGGAAAAAGUUUGAUUCUUCUUCAAAGUUUAUUGCCAAAAGUUGUUGUUUGCAACGACAACAGUUUGUCACGCAUGAAUCGAAUUUACAAAUUAUUCUUACAAUAUAUACCUAAUUUCAAAAACAAUUGGGACGGAGAACGGUGUAUUGUUCGGAACAACGAUAUACGGAAAAUUAACGAGUUUUCCAAAUAUGAUAAGAUCCUGGUUGAUGUGCCAUGUUCAAAUGAUCGAUUAUCUGUAAACGUAAAUGAAAACAGUUUAUUCAGAGGAGAUCGAGUGAAGGAGCGUUUGCAAUUGCCUGAAUACCAAGCAUCGAUUCUUGUGCAUUGUUUGCAAUUACUCAAACCAGGCGGUUCAUUAAUUUAUUCAACAUGUAGCUUAAGUCCAAUUCAAAAUGAUGGUGUCGUUAAUAUGGCAUUGACCAAAGCAUUCACCGAUUAUCACAUUACGACCACUAUCAAAGAUCUAACGAAUGUGUUGCAACCGUUCAAGAAAUUAUUUUUCUUCGAAGAUUCGAAAAAUUUAAAAUUCGGACAAUUGGUCUUGCCUCAGUUGCCGACAAAUUGUGGUCCAAUGUAUUUUUGUAAAAUUCAACGUAAUGAAAAUUAGUGUAGACAAAAUGUUGUUGUUUUUUAAACAAUGCGAUAAAAAUUAAAACAAGUUCGAAAAAAUA